GUUGUAAACUGCGCAGUCCCCGACAGUCCCGACGCGGAGCCGCCACAGUGGAUUUGGAAGCGCGCCGGACAACAGGAGACCUUUUACGCACGAGUCCCGCUCGCGAUUUGCAAGCCAUUUGCAAACUCGUCAUAGAGAAGGGAUCCUAUUCACAUGGUGGGUGCUUUAUCCCCCCCAUCGAGGAGAGCCCGGUGAAUUGCGAGCUGUUUGAAUGGUACCCUCAGUCACCAUGGAUUACGGACGGACCAUGGCCCCUCCGGUACCCCCGCACAGUUCCGCACAAACCCUGCCUGGGCAGGCGCAGGAGCGGCUGCUGAAGUGCGUCCUGCUCGGCGACGGAGCAGUGGGCAAAACUAGUCUGGUGGUCAGCUACACAACGAAUGGCUACCCAACCAAAUAUGUCCCUACUGCAUUUGAUGACUUCUCAGCUGUGGUUCAGGUGGAUGGAAAUCCGGUUCGACUACAGUUGUGCGACACUGCAGGACAAGAUGAGUUUGACAAACUCCGCCACUUCUGCUACAGCCGGACCGACGCCUUGCUGCUCUGCUUCAGCGUGGUCAGCCCGGCGUCCUUUCAAAACGUCUGGGAGAAGUGGGUCCCCGAAAUCCGCCGCCGCUGCCCCCUCACGCCGAUCCUCCUCGUCGGCACGCAGUGUGACCUGCGGCAGGACGUCAAAGUGCUGAUCGAGCUGGCCAGGCGACGGGAGAGGCCAGUGCUGGAAGAAGAUGCCAGGGCGCUGUCGGAAAAAAUCGGGGCGGUGACGUACGUCGAGUGCUCGGCGCUGACCCAAAAGAAUCUGAAGGAGGUGUUCGACGCGGCCAUCGCCGUCGGUCUGCGGCAGUUUGACAGGCGAGCGAGGCGGGAGAGGAAGGUCCGCAGUACAGCCGAUAAGAUGAAGAUGCUCUCCAAGGCCUGGUGGAAGAAGUACGUGUGUGUCCAGUAGGGAGUGAGGAGACCCUGUGACUGAUGAUGAAACUGGAACUGCUGAACGCGUUGGUGGGGAUCGGUUGGAAGGACUACUUUUUCAUUCACCCUUGGACGACCCUCGGCACGGUAGCCAGAGUACUUUUAAUUCAGCGGAGCGGCAGCUCGAGAGAAGCAACGUGUGCCAACCGGAGCUGUAGCGGUGCCUACGUGUCAAGGAGCACGAGGCUGUAACCAUCGUCUGCUCCUCAGAGCCAACUGUCAAAUAUGACUGUGACCAGCAUUCCACCAAAAAAGAAAGAAGCUUAUAGGUUUACUGGCAGAUAUCGUGCUGGACAUGUCCAGAGGAGACAUAAGCUGACUAGAAAGGGGAGGUGUCCAGACGGUGAUGUUAUAUACUAAAAGUGUACUCCUGUGUCUGAUUUGAUGCCAUUCUUUAUCAACGUAUAUAUUAUUUUCUGUGUUCUACACUGUAAUCCCCCAACGCUUCUUAUACAUUUAUUUCACUCCAAUCCGAACGUGCAGUUAAUGCGAACUAGCUUCAAUCCCCAAUCAAAUAUGCAAUAAUACUGAAGCCAAAGCCAAAACUCGUUACGUCUGGCCUGUAGCUACAGCUGUUAGAGGUCUUUAAGCUCCUCACCUAUACCCACCGUUUACAGUAUAUUUAAUGCCACAAAACAUUAUCUAAGAAAACCUACUAGUGCCUGUUCCUGAUGUUAAACCAAUCUAUUCAGCUUUGCCUGAACUGUUAAAAAAACAGCUUGUUACUUUCAAAACUCUACUGUUACAGGGUUGCAGCAAUAAGUUGGCCGGUGCCACUGCAUAUUGCACUUAUCACACACAGUCCCAACAAACCACUGAAGUCUUGCCAUGCAAUGGCCUUUUGAGCAGUGGUGUGGGUUAGACGCAGAGCAGGUGAAUGUGUCUGUGGUGCUUGACAUGUGGGGCUUACUCGGGGUCGAUGAAACAAAAGGCGCUGAUCUGCACGCUCCCUGCACCACUCACCAGUUUGUAUGAGCAUAAGGUCUUUCUUUGUCAGUGCAGACAUGGAUUUAAACAGAUAAUGAUCUGUCUUUUUUUUCGGUCAGUAAAUUGGAGCAACUUGCUCUUUUGAAAUGUAUACAGUAAAUGAGGUGAAAUCACCAAAGAGACUGAUUCCAUGUUUGCUUCUCAUUUUUCAGAAGCCUGUUAUUCAGCUCCGUCUAUUUAUCUGUUCCUUCUAGGCCGAUAACCGAUCAGCAGCAUUACAGCGCAGACGUAUGAAAUCUUGUAUGUCAUUAUGUAUGCUACAUUGUAAUCAUUUAUGGUUUGUGAUGUCAUCAGGAUAAAUUUUGCUGAUGUCUGAUUUUUGGCAGGAGAGCAGUAUGUUGAGCUGAAUGAGCAGAACAAAAUAAAAUGUGAAAUAUUAACCCCUUUU